AUGAUCAGCUUCAGGACGGACGGUCGUCUUUCUGGAACAAUGCCUAUCACUAUUACUGGGGAAAUGACGGCCACCAGACGGAAGCUCUGCGCGACCUUGGAGGUACGAGCCGACUCUGGAGAAGCCAAGCGCAACAAAGAUCAACGUGACGUCGUCGAGAAUCCUUCCAAUAGUAACGUCUGUGACCCAGACGAACAAGCACUCCAAACCUCACCACCCAACUCACCUACCAAUGCGGCCAGCACGGAGAUCUUCAUCACGCACGGCGAUGCAAUGCUCGGACUUUUUGAAGGACCGAACGGCGAAGAAGAUACCGUGUGGCGCAAGGCCGCCGUUCACGAGGCAUGGGCGACGAUUACCGCGAACACGACCCGAGGAGAUGAUGGUCCACAGCGGGCAUGCCGGAGUUCCAGCCGUAACGUGGAGUACAUAGCGUGUUGGAAGUUCAACCUGGCGGACGACGAGAACUCGAGUGUACGCGCCCAGAAGCUUGUUCAGUCCUGGAAAGACGGGCGUCAGAUCGAGAAGGAGGGCCAGUGGUGGUACGAGUUACUCAUGCAGAGGUCUGAGCCGCAGGGCGAAGACGAGCCUGCGCUCAAGCUCGUACUGGAGUACGACGCUGGUGAGAAAGCAGACGGGAGAGCUUGCGAAGGGACCUGGUGGAUGACUGGAUUCCUGCCAGCAGAUGAGACGCAUCCGGCGCUGAAGCAUUUUCACGCAGAUAUGCUUGAGUACUAUUGA